CGACUUCAGAUACUCCCAGUUCUAUGACGAUAUGAACAGUCGAAGAAAUAUAAACACACAGGGCUACUGGCUGCGGGUCAUCGACACAAACCCUGAGCGGAUCGUAGCCCUGCUCGAUUGGAUGUGGGCUGCACAAAGGGAUCCGAGGACGAGGUUCGGUGACGAUUCUACGGGAUUUCAGCAGGUUUUAGGCGCACUCUCUACUUGCGCUGCUGCUGAGACCGGGAUACGAUGGCACCGUCUUUUGAAUGUGGGAAUCACGAAGGCACUUUGCGGUUGUCUAUGGAGGUGCCCCGAUGACGAAUCGUAUCAAGAUGAUCAGACUCUCCCGUCUACAUAUUGGCCCUUCGUAAAUAUAUUGUCGCAAGGGGGACAAAACCUCGAGUACUUGCCUGGGCCAGCCAAUGAUAGGUUCGUAUCUGAGAUAAAGGAUUCCUGGACCAAGAUCAUUACCAGGUUAUUCUACGACCCGCAGCGUAGUUUGCGUCCGUACCUCACGUCCGUUGAGGAACGACAAUCGGUCGCGCAGCUCGUCAAGGGCAUCAUGGGCUAUGACGAAACUUUCAUCAGCAUUGUCCAUGACCCUGACGACCUCACCGUCCCCCUCAUCACUCGAUACCUGAUCUAUUCGACGGAACUCGAUGAUUCCUUGGAUUUUCUCGUCGCACUUAACUUCCUCCUUCGCAGGGAACCUACUUAUUUCCUCCAACACAUGCUUCUUGGUGUUCAGGAUGGCUCACCGUCUACCUUGCUCUCAUCCCUCGCCCGACUUCUCCGUACCCGACCAGCAACGUUACAACUCCUCUUGAGUAACUUCAUCCUCGGACUUUCGAUGCUUCCGAAAUGGUGUGAGGGGCGGCUUGAACGGGAAUUUAUUCACACGUUGCUCCGUUCAAAGGCACUGCUCUGCCACUUUUGUGAUGUUGUGGCGCAGAGUGAUGAAGCGGACACGACAUCGUGUCGCGGGUUCGAUACAGACCUGCUUGUCACUCCGGCCCUAGGCUUCAUAGGGCAAUGUCUCUUCCAGGCGGGAGCGGAGAGCCCGGAAGAAAUGGUAGCCUUUGUCAAGGGCCUUCUCCGGGCGGGCAUAUUCGAUGCUCUCGAGACUGUUCUCCUUCAAAAAUCGGACAAAAUUGCGGAGAUGCCAUGUUUAGUGGCGGCCAUUUUACAGAAGAUCUACGCUGCAUCUCGAGCAUCACCCUCGCUCCUAUCCUCUCUCCGUCGUCACUUCCCCCGUCCUCUUCUGGUCCGAGCCUGUCUCAACCUUCCUUUCACCUCCAAUAGAGUCCUUUACGAAUGGAUCGGAGCUCAUCCCAAAAGUUCUAGCGUCUCGGAUAUAUUGUCCGCCUGGAUCGUCGCGGAUGGGUUGUGCUGGACGUCACAUAUAGACGGCACGUGUAUGAGGAGAGGCUGUGGACAGAAAAGAAGAAAACGAUGUGCGGCAUGUGGGACGGUGGAAUAUUGUGGCGUGGAGUGUCAGACUGAGGACUGGGCCGAACAUCGCAUGCUUUGUGGGUUCAAAGACGGGAGGCUGCGGCGCGCUCUCCAUUCCAGCUCAGAUGACAAAAGAGUCGAUUAUAUAUCCCCACCGGAACGAUUUCCGCUUCGCUUCCCGGAACUGGACCCAGGUUUAUUUAAUCCUCCGGAGUGCGAAAACUAGUUCACAUUGGCGCAUGUAGCCAGUAAUACACACUGGUCAUUGGUACUAUACACGGCUCCUGUCGAGUCUGGAAGCUACAUCGUCAGCUGGGAACUCUUCACAGAGUCUGCGAGGUCGAGGACGGUGAGGAGGCGGUAAGAUUGGUAGGUGAUUGGCAAGCGAGAAUGUGUUAAAAGAAUACCAUCUCCCAUCCCGGUGAGGACUUUUCGGCUCGCCUAAAGGGAGCCUCGCCCUUAUGAAGGCGACAGUGUAGCAGGUACCAUAUCGCUCUGGCGGUAUAUUCCAUUUGUUAGCCGUACCAAGUUAGAACAUUAGACCACUCAGCUAGCUGUAGCUUUGCCGCUAGAUUGCCACACGAAUGAAUUGAGUGGCAAAUGCUAUCUUCGGAGUUUCCCGGGUGUCACCUGAAACAUUCGACCUUGAAAUGUCAGACCGCCGCGGCGACAUUGUCUCCACCCUUUCUUUCUCUCUUCCUUCAUCUCUACAUUAUUUGCUUCAGCUUAGCUGCAAUGACGAAGGGCCCCGUCUACUGGACCCGCCUGGCCCAGGGUAAUCCGGCGCGAAUUAUCGCGUACUUGGAGGCCUUAACUUAUUCGCCUGGCGUUUCCAACUUGGGAUGGAGAGACCGGUAUGGACAUGAAAGGGAGGAUCUCCCGGACGUUGCAACUGUUAUAUUGAUGAUCGUCGAGGAUGCAGACGCCUCUCAAGGCACUUUUUGGCAGCAUCUCAUUGAGGAAGGCAUCACUGAGGCGAUUUUUCGCUUUUUACUCGAAAGCAUGCUUUCCAAAGUCGUAUCUCAACAACAGACCGUGGUGAGGGAAUCUGCGGUGAUGCCAUGGAUCGAAAUCCUACAAGUUGGGGCAAGAAGCGUCAAGCGCUUUCCAAGUGCAGCUACCCAGAGGUUCAUUAACACAAUGAGAGCUUACUGGAAUGAAUUGAUGAAUGUCCUCUGGGAUGAGCCGAAUCGCUCGAUAUUUCUUGCAAAUGACUUCGCCAACGGGAGAACCACUAUCAUUAAUUUAUUGGCGGCUGUAGUGGAAUUGGACGACGAUUUUAACGAGUUGAUUGUUUUACGGAACAGCCUUACUAUCCCCAUCAUUUCCAGCUUUUUGUCGCACGCCACGGAGGAUAACGACAUUUUCGCUUGUAUAAUGGCGUUGAUUCGUAUUCCGCGUCGCUCUUAUCCGGCGGAUCUCUUCGACCUUCUCCGUAUUGGUAUCCCCCACGGUGACUUCCC